UGUGUUUCGCGAAUCUUAAAAACUGCGGACUGCGGACAAAGGAAAGAUCGACGCAUUUGCAUUGGGCAAGUCGCAGUGUUUGGACGUGUUUACCAAGGGAUAUCAAGAAAUUCGCUAAACUUUGAUUCUGAUAAACUCUACUAGUGUGAUAAUAUUUACCAAGCAGAAUGUUGAAAUUAGGAGUUUUGGCAGUACUACUUUUUUGUAGUGCUAUGGCAGAAAAGUGUGAAGAUAACAAUCAGGAACAGUGUCCAGCUACAACUUCAGCACCCUUGGAUCAGGACAAAGACUGGAGCAAAGCCUCUACAAUUUAUGAUUUCCAUGCUCGAGAUAUUCAUGGCAACGAUGUGUCGUUAGACAAAUUUCGUGGUCAUGUUUGCAUAAUUGUUAAUGUAGCCAGCCAAUGCGGCUUAACAGACACAAAUUACAAAGAGCUGGUACAGUUGUAUGAAAAGUACAGCGAGAAGGAAGGCUUGAAGAUCCUUGCCUUCCCAUCAAAUCAGUUUGGUAGCCAAGAACCAGGAAGCUCAGAGCAGAUCUUAGAUUUUAUUCAGAAAUACAAUGUUACUUUUGAUGUUUUUGAAAAGAUUGAUGUUAAUGGAGAUAAUGCUCAUCCCUUAUGGAAAUGGCUGAAGACACAGGCCAGUGGAUUUAUGACGGACAACAUCAAAUGGAACUUCACUAAAUUUAUCAUAAACAAAGAAGGAAAAGUUGUAUCUAGAUACGCGCCGACGACCGAUCCCCUGCAAAUGGAAUCCGAAUUGAAGAAAUAUUUUUAAACCUUGAUAUUUUUGCAUGCUUCAACCCAAUCUUGACUAGCAAUACUUUAAUAAUACUCGUCGUUAUCAGGAAAAUGUUGCGUCUUAUCGCUCUGUUAUGAGAACAAUUGUAUCUUUUGUAUCUUCUAGAUGAUUAGCUAAGUUUGAAGUUGUUUUCUCAUAAGGCGAGCUUAGAAUAAGUUUCUGACAUUAUAUAUGCUAGGUGCGCUAAGAAUAAACUUCAUUUCACAGUUUAUAAA